GUGGUUAGCUACUUAUGCUAACGGACAGACAGAUAAUUCGAUUUAUGGGAAAGCGCGGAUACGGAGGUACAUAAGGUGCUUCUCACUAAUACGUUAAAUUCUUCGACCUAAAAUGAGUCAUCAAAUUGAAAGAUAAAGCGGGAAUAAUCAGGAUGGAUGUGGAUCUGUGUGGUGGUUGGGAUGGCACCCGAAGAAACAUGGAUUCAGCUGGUGAAGGGACAAUAGAGAUUGUUCCUUUGGAAAUGUACGACUCAGCCAGAGCAAAAAUAGACGCCAACCUGCGAUGGCUGUUCGCCAAGGCAUACAGCAUUGACCACAUCCCAGAGGACCUGAGGGAUCCGUUCUACACAGACCAGUAUGACCAGGAGCACAUCAAGCCUCCCGUCCUCCAGCUGCUGCUGUCCUGUGAGCUGUACUGCCGGGUGUGUGCCCUCAUCCUGAAGACAGACCAGGCCGCCUCGCUGCAGUCACACAUGUCAGUCAUCCAGGCCCUCAGCCGUAAAGGGAUCUACGUCAUGGAGAGUGUUGACGCCCCUGUCAGAGAUGCUGACCUCUCCUGUGUGCCCAUCAAAAUGAGUGCCCACAUGCCCAUGAUCGAUGCCCUAAUGAUGGCCUACACUGUGGAGAUGAUCAGCAUAGAGAAGGUGGUGGCCUGCGUCAAACGCUUCUCCACCUUUAGCGCCUCCAAGGAGCUGCCCUUUGACCUGGAGGACGCCAUGGUCUUCUGGAUCAACAAGGUGAACCUGAAGAUGAGGGAGAUCACAGAGAGCGAGCUGAAGGUCAAGCAGCACCCGCUGGAGUCUCCCAGUCACCAGAAGUCUCCCUCCAAAUGGUAUUGGAAACUAGUACCUGUGAGGUACCGCAGGGAGCAAGCCUUGGGCCGCCAGCUGCCCUUCUUCCCCCUGCUGGAGGAUCUGAUGAGGGACGUGUGUGACGGCGCCGCCCUCCUCACCGUGGUCCACUACUACUGUCCUGACCACAUGAAGCUCCACGAUAUCUGUCUGAAGGAGGUGACCUCCAUAGCUGACAGUCUGUACAACAUUCAGCUGCUCAAGCAGUUCUCAAAUGAAUAUCUUAACAAGAGCUUCUACCUAACCAUGGAAGACAUGCUCUACUCUCCACUGGUUCUCAAGCACAAUGUGAUGGUGUUCAUCGCUGAGCUCUUCUGGUGGUUUGAGACCGUCAAGCCAGAGUUUGUCCAACCCAGGACGGAGGAGUUCAGAGAUGCCCGAGCCAUGGCUCAGCCGAAGAGUGCCCGCACCUCAGUGCCCAUCUCCAAUGCCACCAAGCGCAGCUUUCAGGUUACCCCUGGCAUCCCAGAGGCCUCGCUGUCUCUUUCUGCCCAGAGCAGCCCUGAUGGCAGGUACUCCCUGUACCCUGCUGAAGGCUCUGACCCUCUUAACAAGGGAUGUCCUGGGGAAGCCUUCAGCCCCUCCCACCCACUCCUCCCCCUAAGGCAGAGACAGCAGCAGGGAGAGGACGGAUCAGGCAUCAGAAACCGCUCCAACUCCUUGGAGAACAAACAUCCACGAGGCUCAGUGCAGGCCUGGUCUGACAGGACACAGAGGCCGAUGUCUACGCUCAACCCGUACACAUUUGGCAUCUCAGCCACUGACAGCGAUGCUGACAUUGCCUCUGGUGACAGUGUGAGUCUGGCUCGCUCCAUCAGUAAAGACAGUCUGGCCUCUAACGUAGUCAACCUCACCCCCAAACACCAGGUUCUCACCCCCCAGGGCCACGCCCAGGUAGGCUGUGCCCCAGUCAGCCCUGCCCCCCGCCGAGUCAACGGUCACGGUCUUCUGGGAAACGUCAAUAUGGAGGAGGAGCUUGUGUCCGUGAUGAGGACAAACGCAUCAGCCUCUCUCCCCAGUCAGGGAGAGGCGACGCAGCGAACUGCUGGGGCCGAGCCCAAGGAUUGUUCUUAUUUUGAACCUCUGAUGCCUGCUGUGUUGAAAUCGGCGAAAGAGAAGUCUGUAUACCUGAACAAGGAGGAGGAGAGUGGGGAGGUGGGUCGAUCGCGGGGAGGGGGUUCUAUCCGGAGAGUAGAAGGGGGACCUGAACUUGUGGCGUCAGCCAGGAGGAAAACCACCACCAGCCUAAACCGGACCUGCACUCCCGCCUCUAGUGGGGAGUUUGACUUGUCUACUGAGACCUCACUGGCUGUGCCACUCCAGGGACAGGGGGCCUUCAAUCCUAUGGUCACAAGCAGUGUGGACCCCGACUCCAGCGUUUCAGCAGGUGGCUUCUACCUCCAUUCUGACAGCGAAGACCAGGAGCCAGACCUGGACGAGGCUCAUGAUGAAGACCUGGAUGAAGCCCUCACCACAAAGGACCCAACCAGGAAGACCUUUGACGAGGAGGAGGAGUCAGCCAAGCUUAUGGAGGACCUGAAGGUGAAAGAAAAGAGGGACAAGGACAAAGGAGAUGAUUGUAGUAGCGGUCGCUCGAGCCCCUGUCUCAGCACCCACUCCCAGGCCAGCAGCCUAGCCAGCGGCAGCGUACGCAUGACCAGCUUCGCUGAGCGCAAGGCCCAGCAGCGCUUUGGCAGCAACCAGGACCUGCGAACCAGUGCCUCCAGCUCCCAAAGGACCACCCCGGAUGGCUCUGAGUGCAGCGGGCCCCUGUCCCUGCCCACCUCCCGGAGGCUGAAGAUGGACCAGAGCCCCUCCAUGCCCCAGGGGGGCCGGGGAGACGGGGGAACCAACAUGCUGGUUUCUGAGCUGGUUCAGCUCCACAUGCAGCUAGAGGAGAAGAGGAAGGCCAUCGAGCACCAGAAGAAGAAGAUGGAGAUGCUGUCAGCCAGGCAGAGACAGAAGCUGGGCAAGGCUGCCUUUCUGCACAUCGUCAAGAAGGGCAAGAGCGACACCCUGCCCAACCCGCUCAAAACAGACUACUGCAAAGAAGAACUCAAUGGGGACAAAGGGGGAAGCUCAAAAGAUGACUCUUGCGUGGACGCUCUGAGAGGGGCCAAAAAGACUGAGUCUGCCACCUCGCCGGUCCCAGAUGCCUUAGAGAUGGUGGACAAGAAGGGCAGCUGUAGUCCUGGUCUGCUGCUGGAUGAUGAGCUGGACCUGGAUGAGUGUAACCACUCCAUUGAGAUGCUGAAUGACGCCAUCGGUAGUAUCCAGCAGCAGAUGAUGCAGCUUUCCCUCCAGCAGGACCUGCUGAUGAAACAGAACGUACAGUCCCCUCCCAGGGUCCCGUCUCCCUGCUCAGUCAACGAGAAGACCUGUGGAGCUGAACCCAAGGCCCGACCUGCUGUCCACUUUGUGGAUUUGGGAAGCGGCGCACCAACCACCGGCACCGCUCCAUCCAGGAAACCCCCCAAGCUGAGUUCGGCCCGUGGCCCCAGGACCAAGCCCUCAGAGCUGAAGCUGGCCAAAGAGCACGGCAGGCCGGGCCUGGCAUCAAGCAGGGCUAUCACCCCCUCCCACAGCCUGGAGACCCUGCCUCACCUGAGGCAGUUUCCUGGGGGCAGGUCCCCCAGGGCGGACCACUCUGACGUCAGCUCCAGAACCCCCUCUGCAGGUGUAGAGACAAUCAGUGGGCAGGACAAGCCUGGACGUAGUGCCACCUUCAGGCUCCACGACGAGGCUAACCUGCGCACAGCGGCCCGUAUCGACCCAGUGGUCGUCACCCCAGAAGUGUCCUUUGAGCCGUGCCUGUCCAGUACCCUGAGGGAGGGGGAGCUGAACUCCUCCGACGGCUCGGGGAAGGAGAACAUCCCCUCGGAGGAAGUGUCGAGGAGCAAAGCCCCCCUGAUCGAGGUGGACCUGUCAGACCUGAAGGACCCAGAGGAGAUGGAGGGAGACAGGGGGCAGGACAGCACCAUGGAUGGGGAGGAAGGGGAACAGAAGUCUGGCCUGGGAUUCUUCUUCAAGGAUGAACAGAAGGCAGAGGAUGAACUGGCUAAGAAGAGAGCAGCUUUUCUAAUAAGGCAGCAGAAGAAGGCUGAGGAGGCCCGGCUACGAAAAAUGCAGCUGGAGGCUGAGACUGAACAGAAACGGGAAGAGGCCAGGCGGAAGGCGGAGGAGGACAGGAUGAGGAAGGAGGAGGAGAAGGCCCGUAGGGAACUCAUCAAGGAGCAGUACCUGAGGAGGAAGCAGCAGGAGCUGAUGGAGGAGCAGGGCCUGGGCAGCCCCACCAAGCCCAAGACUGCCAAGACCAAGCUCAAGAAACCCAGUCACCAGACUCACAGACCCAAGUCUGCAUUCAGCAGAGAGGAGAUCUCUAGCGACACCUUCUCCUCCAAGGGCUCUUCUUCUACACCUGACAACCUGAGCAGUGUCCAGUCAGGCUCUAGUCUGUCCCUGGCCUCCGCUGCCACCACCGAGGCAGACAGCGUCAACUCUGGAGGGCCAGGCUCCCAACGGGGUGAGUCUGUGGAGUCGUUCCCAGGCCUGAGUCGGAACGCCAGUCGGAACACUGAGAGAGACUGGGACAAUGGAUCCACUGCGUCUUCCAUCACCUCCAUGGCAGAAUACACUGGUCCCAAGCUGUUCAGGGAGCCCAGUUCCAAGUCCAACAAGCCAAUCAUCUUCAAUGCCAUCUCCCAUUGCUGCCUCGCUGGCAAAGUCAACGAACCCCAGAAGAACACCCUACUAGAGGAGCUGGAGAGAGUAGAUGCACACCACCUGAUGAUCCUGUUUAGGGAUGGGGGCUGCCAGUUCCGGGGGGUCUACUCCUACUUCCCAGACACGGAGGAGAUCCUCAAGCUGACCGGCACGGGCCCCAAGAGCAUUAGCAAGAAGAUGAUCGACAAGCUUUACAAGUACAGCUCGGACCGCAAGCAGUUCACUGUCAUCCCCGCCAAGACCGUGUCGGUUAGCAUAGACGCCAUCACCAUCCACAACCACCUGUGGCAGGCCAAAAGAACCACUGUGCCAAAGAAGAGCGGGAAAUAAUCCGGGGAGGCCCCUGGAACUCACCCUGAGGAACCCCACCUAGGGUCCAUUCUACCAUGUUCUGCUGGAUAGACUGCAUUGACGUCCACAGCCAAUAAAACUCCCCCUCUAUCAAGGAUGGUCAGACAUGUGGCUCUUUCAGUUGACACUCAUGUGGGGGAAUGUAUCAAUGGGUACAUGUACUGGUGGCCUGCCAGUGACAUUGUCAUCGGUUCUGUUUUUCUAUAGACUAAGAAGCAUGUGUCAUUUUUUUUUCAUGUGGUGGAUGUCUUUUUACUUGAAGUAUUUAUUGGUUUGGCACUGAAAUGGUUGAGCUCCGCAGUAGCAAAAUGCGCUACGGCUUCCCUCUCUCUCUCGUUUGAGUCCAUUUGAGGGGGUGGGUGGUUCUCUCACUCUAUGACCCAUUCAACCCCCCCAUCCUCCUCUCUCUUGUUGGAGGGGGUAGGUGGUUCUCAAUCUCUCCACUUCAAAAUCUGACCUGAGAUGACCAGUUUAUGUUAUUUUAGGACUUCUACGACCAGUGUUCUGCAACAAAUCAAUCUCCAGCAUAACUAACUAGCUACCAGACAAGCAUUGCCAACUUUGCCUCUCCCUUCUCUCUGUCCAAUGUGCUGCUCUAAACUGUCUCCUGUUUGUUACUGGGCUCCCAGACCAUCUGCUGGCCUUCUACAAGCAUCAUACUGCUAGUAUCAACUGUCUAUUUAUUCAAACUCUUUUAAACUUGCGCAGUGCAGCCCGUCGUAGCACUGUCUAUCUGGGAUGUAGAAUAGUGACGAUUGUUUUUAAACUACUCAUCUAGUCUCCUUUAGGCCUUUUAAAACGAGGGGGUAAAGACGUGCGGGGAAUAAUAGGCUUUGGUACUCUCCGAAAUGUCAUGAUGCUAAUUUUGUACGUUUUUGUGUUUAUUUUUUUUAAUGGAAAACUGUGGUUGGUUAUACAGUAAUUGGCGCUGAUGUGUUUUUCGUAACAUUACAUGAAUCGGUAUGGCGUACGUUAGCUAGCUAUAGCUAGUCAUUUCUCUCCACUAGGCACUACUACGUCCUGUAUAAAGGUGCACUCCGCUCAUCACGUUUCAAAGGCUUUUAUCAUGCAAUGUACCCCCUCCCUUCUACCCCAUGAGUGAUCGGCUACCCACCAUGGGUGGGGUCAUUUCAAUUCCAAUCAAUUCAGGAAGUAAAAUGAAAGUUGUAUUUUUGUUUACUUCCUGAAUUGACGAAAUUGACCCCAACCCUGCUAAGCCAGCUUUUCUCCCCUCCCCCAGAGAGCUGCAUGCUCUUGUUCUGAAGAGUGUGUGUAUGUUCUGCUGUAACCCGUUUGAAUGACAGUAUUUAAUAUAUUCAUAAUGGGUCACUCUGUGGGACUGUGGUCUAGUUAUUUACCUACCGACCGACAUUAAAGAACAUUCCUGAAAGGUGUCAACAAACACUGCCACCAUUUUAUUUUUUUCUCUGUCCAAGUGCUUAUUAUUAGAUACCGUAUGUUGGCCUCAAGAACAACUAAGUGUUGCACGUGCACUUUACUCACUGAUUACAGAAAGUGGAAAUCAACUUUAAAAGGGCAUUCAAAAUGUAUUGCAGAAGGAAGAUGGUAUAUUUUUCAUAACUGAACUCCUGUGCACUCCAAACUGAAACCUUUCCCGAACUAAAACCAAACACUAAGAUUUAAGAAUGGGUGACCAGUCAACUAAAAUAACCUCCUUCCUUCACUAAUACUGCAGUCACCAAAAAUAUAUAGAGUACUUGAUUAUAAUUUUCUAUAGAUCUUUUGUAUGUUAGUGUUUUUGUCUACUAAAAUAUUAUAUUGUCAUUAAUCACUAUUUGUGUGUACUUCCCAUCCCUGUUCAUUUGACUAUUUCUUUGAUCAUACCAUCUAUUUAUUUUUAAAUGGAAGCACUGAAACUGAAUAAAUUUUUAAAGGUAUUAAAACACAUUUCAAUCUU